ACACCAAACGUAUCCGGUGAACUCGAACACCAAUGGAUAAAUGUGUAUGAUGGUUGAUAAAAUUAUCUCAUUGAUAUAACCUACAACUCCGCGACUUCCAUGUAUUCUGAGCGGAGGGAUAAUUCGCCACCAUGCCUUCGCUUUUCUCCUCACCGGCCGUCAUCUUCUCCCUGGCCGCUUUUCUGCGAGUCGGCCUACUCUUCUAUGGCCUUUACCAAGAUAAUCACUCGGCCAUGAAGUACACUGAUAUUGAUUAUAUGGUCUUCACAGACGCCUCGCGAUUCGUGGCAGAGGGUCAAUCCCCUUAUCUACGGGACACAUAUCGCUACACGCCCCUUUUAGCUUGGUUCCUACUACCCACCACAUGGGAACCCAAUUGGAUCUGGUUCUCUUUCGGGAAAGUCCUCUUCGCCAUUGCAGAUUUGGUCACAGGGUGGCUUUUGCUGCUCGUUCUUCGAACAGAGUUUCCGGGAAUGACUGAAAAGUCCCGAUUGAAGUAUGCCAGUAUAUGGCUUUUGAAUCCUAUGGUUGCGACUAUCAGUACGCGUGGAAGCUCCGAGGGAUUAUUGGGGGUUAUGGUGAUUGCUCUGUUAUGGGCUGUACUCAAUCGACACUUAAUAUUUGCGAGCUUCCUACUGGGUUUUGGUGUGCAUUUCAAGAUUUAUCCAUUCAUUUAUGCACCGAGUAUCAUCUGGUUUCUUUCUGCUACGCUCACUUCGGGAAAUCUAAUCAACCGAGCCCUUAACUUCAUCACUUUCGACGGUGUCAAGAUCACCGUCAUUUCGCUCCUAACUUUCGCCAGCUUCAAUCUGUGGAUGUAUUCCCUCUAUGGCCACUCUUUUCUUCAACAUACCUACUUCCAUCACCUUACCAGGAUCGAUCACCGACACAACUUCUCGCCAUAUAAUACCUUGCUCUAUCUAUCCGCCGCCACGGACAGUCCCAACGCCCACAACCAGGGAUUAAAAUUCGAGUCGGUGGCUUUUUUGCCACAGCUUUUCCUAUCAGCGUUCGCUAUUCCAUUAGCUCUUGCAAAGAAGUCAUUACCCGGGGCUAUGCUAGCUCAGACAUUCGCAUUUGUCACCUUCAAUAAAGUGUGUACGAGUCAGUACUUCCUGUGGUAUCUCGUCUUCCUACCACUUUAUCUCCCGUCAUCAUCAUUCAUCAGCAAUCCACUCCUCGGUAUCGGCGCAUUGAUUAUGUGGGUAGUAUCUCAGGCAUUCUGGCUCCAUCAAGGGUUUCAACUUGAAUUCAUGGGUUUCUCCACUUUCCUUCCAGGACUAUGGCUCGCCAGCUUGGGGUUUUUUAUCGUUAAUUGCUGGAUACUGGGUAUUAUCGCGUCUGAUGUUGGGAAAUGGGCCGGUGAAAUCAUUACAGAGAAAAGGAAGAACCAUCCAGACUUCGACGCUCAAAAGCACAUAAUGUAACGAUUGAUUAUUGCACGCAGUUGUAGAAUCUUUUUUGGGCGCUUUAUGUUG